ACGACACACUCACAAACAUAUACACUGAAAUCGUUAAUCUUAAUAAUAGAGGUUCGAAAACACACACCGGCUUACCCUUUUACUUAUUUUUAUGUUCUCAGCUCAGCUUAGCUCUGGUUUUGGUGGUUGUAGAUGAAGAUUUGAAAACCAAAAAUUCAAAUUACAGCCAAAAAGAAUGGGGGAAAACCAGUUGCUGAAGGAAGUUGGAUCCAAAUUGCUUGACAACCCUUUACCUGCUUCUAAAGAUGCUCUUAUCAACCUUCUCACGCAAGCUGCAACAUCUCUUUGCGGGAUGGAUCAGUCACCACCCAAAGGAUUACUGGAUUCCAUGCAACCUCUUUUGAUAGCUAUUGUCAAGCCACAGCUGCUAAAGCACCAAGAUGACCAAGUUAAGCUUCUUGUUGCCACAUGCACUUGUGAGAUUCUGCGAAUAACUGCUCCAGAUCCACCUUAUGAUGACGAUGUUUUAAAGGACAUCUUUCAUUUGUUUGUAAGCACCUUCAGUGGGUUAAAACACACCAAGGACCCAUCUUUUGGGAGGAUAGUAAACAUAUUGGAAACUGUUGCUAAGUAUAGAUCAUUUGUUGUGAUGUUGGAUCUUGAAUGUGAUGAGUUAGUCAACCAAAUGUUCAAAACAUUCUUCACUGUUGCCAGUGAUGAGCAUCCUAUAAUUGUUACUGCUUCAAUGGAGACAAUUAUGGCGGUUCUUUUGGAAGAAAGCGAGGACAUUGGGAUGGAUCUUUUGCUCAUUCCUCUAUCUAUGUUAGGCCAUGAUAAGAAAGAUGUAACUCCGCAUGCAAGGACACUUGCUAUGAAUGUUAUUGGGCAAUGUGCUGGAAAACUUGAACACGGCAUUAAGCAGAUUAUAUUAUCAUCAGUGUUGGGGGAUAAGAGAGCCUUGAAUCCUCAAAUUGACUACCAUGGAGUUAUCUAUGACAUCUAUCGCUGUGCUCCUCAAGUGUUGUUUCAGAUUGUGCCAUACCUGUCAAAAGACCUACUGACAGAUGAAAUAGACCUCCGCUUAGAGAGAGUCAGACUGGUGGGUAACCUUUUUGCUCUCAAGGGAACUACUGUCCCCGAGACUUUCCAUCCACUCUUUUUGGAGUUUCUGAAGAGGUUGAAUGACAAAGCUGUUGAAGUGCGGAAGUCAGUCCUUGAGCAUGUCAAGCUGUGUCUGCUGUCUGAUACUUUCAGAUCAGAAGCUCCUAAAAUAGUUGAUGCCCUGCGUGAUCGGCUGUUGGAUGAUGAUGAAAGUAUACGCAAACAAGUGGUAGCAGUAAUUUCAGAUGUAGCAUCACAGGAUUUAUCUUCUGUUUCAGCUGAUACCAUAAAGCAUGUUGCUGAGCGUCUUGAGGAUAAAUCUAUUCUCAUAAGAAAGUAUACUAUGGAAAGGCUAUCUGAUAUAUACCGUACUUGGUGCUUGAAGCAAAUUGGUGUCUCAAAUUUUAAUGAUGAUUUUGAUUGGAUACCUGGAAAACUUUUAAAAUGUUACUAUUAUAAAGAUUUGGGACCAAACACAGUUGAGCAAAUUCUAUGCAAUUCCCUUUUUCCAGUUGAUAUUUCCAUCAGAUAUAAGGUCAAAACCUGGGUCAAGCUAUUCUCCAAGUUUGAUAAAGUUGAAUUGAAUGCUUUAGAGAAAAUACUGGAGCAGAAGGAAAGGUUACAACUUGAGGUGCAGAAGUAUCUCUUACUUAGGAAGACAUACAAGGACGGUGAUGCUUCAGAACUGCAGAAGAAAACCACAGUUUGUAUUCGAUCCAUGGCUCACUGUUUUGUCGAUUCCAUAAAAGCCGAGACCGAUUUACAGCUUCUUGAUCAAUCAAAAGAUGCUAACAUCUGGAGAAUAUUGACAAAGUUACUAGAUCCAAACUCUAGCUGUGUUCAAAGUAGGAGCCUUCAGGAUGAAUUGCUUAAGAUAGUUGGCGAGAAGGAUCCACUUUAUGAACUUCUAAGAACUCUCUGUAUGAAGUGCUCUUACACAAUCUACGAUAAGGAGUUUGUCAAAGAUCUUAUUCUGGAGGUUGACCUUCAAAAGAGUGAAGGGAACAAAGUAUUAACCCGGUCUUGCAUGAAUAUACUCGUGAUCGUUGCAUGUUUUAGUCCUUUGCUGCUAAGUGGGAUGAAAGAAGAUUUGGUCCAUCUUCUUGAGGAUGAUGAUGAGGCCAUCAAAGAAGGUGUUUUGCAUGUUCUAUCAAAGGCUGGUGAAACGAUUCGCGAACAAUUGGGAGAGUCAUCUAGCUCAAUAGACCUAAUACUGGAAAAAAUAUGCUUAGAAGGUAGUAGGAGGCAGGCCAAGUAUGCAGUAAAUGCCUUGGCAGCCAUUACAAAGGAUGAAGGGCUCAAGUCACUCUCUGUCUUAUAUAAGCGACUAGUGGAUAUGCUAAUAAAGAGGACAAAUUUGCCUUCUGUACUACAAUCUUUGGGGUGUAUAGCACAGACGGCCAUGCCUGUUUUUGAAACUCAAGAGAGUAAAGUUGUUAACUUUAUAAGAAAAGAUAUCUUAAGGCGCAGUCAGAGAACAGGAGACGUAAGGAAAGAAUCUUGGGAAGAAAGAAGCGAAAUUUGUUCAUUAAAGGUAUUUGGUAUCAAAGUUUUGGUAAAGAGCUACCUACCUGUUAAAGAUGCACAUCUUCGUGUUGGUAUUGAUGAAUUGAUCAAAGAUCUCCAAACUAUACUUACUUGUGGAGAAAUCUCUACAGACGUGGAAUCAAGUUCUGUUGAUAAGGCCCAUUUAAAGCUAGCUUCAGCUAAUGCCAUUAUUCGUCUGUCAAAGUAUUGGAAUAAGAAGAUUUCGAUUAAAACAUUCUACCUUACCUUGAAAACAUCAGAGGUUGGUUUUCCCAAAGUUAGGGAACUGUUUCUCAACAAAGUACACAAGUACAUAAAAGAUGGGAGUUUGGACCCCAAAUAUGUUUGUGCCUUCUUUUUAGAUUUUGAAUCCCAUAAAUCAAUCUUGGAAAAGGAAAAUCAGUAUCUGAGGGACAUCAUUCAAAUUAGUGGAAAUUCUUCAGCUGUUUGGUCAGAGUAUCUUCUUCCCUAUUUGAUCCAUGCACUUGCCCAUCAUCCUUCAUUUCCAAACAUUGAUGAAUGCAAGGAUGUAAAAGCAUACGAACCAAUAUACAGGAAAUUAUAUAUCUUUUUCUCUAAGUUGGCACAUGGAGAUGAAGAUGGAAAGUCGGGAGUUCUAAGAAGGGAAGAAUAUAUUUCGAUAAUUUCUAUUCUUCGAAAUAUCAAAAGGUCCAAAGAUGCUGUUGACACAAAUAAAUCAAAGAACUUGUAUGCAAUCUGUGAUCUUUGCUUGUCAAUCAUCAAGCGAUUAGCUAGAAAACAAGAUCUUCAGCAAUCCAUAGUACCUGUUUCCCUGCCUGAAGUCUUGUACACACCACUCAAGAAGAAAGAAGAGAACAACGAAGACAAUGAAGAAGGGUACUUAAAAGACGAAAAGAAAGAAGAGAGUAAAGAAGGUAAGAAGAAUGAAGAGAACAAAGAUGAUAAGCAAGAAGAGAACAAAGAAAAUGAAAAGAAAGAGGAGUCUGACCAAGAGGUAUCUGAAGGUCUGACAUGGUUAACUAAUGAGAAUGCUCUUGCGUACUUCGAGUCGCUUAUUUUUUACGCUAAUGGCAAUGUUGCAUCCAAAACCAAUGAGGAUGAUAUUGCCCAGGACAUUGAAACUGAUGGAAAUGAUGUGCCUUUGGGAAAGAUUUUAAAACGUAUAAAAGCUAAAGCAUCCAAGGGAAGAAAGGUAUUAAACAACGGUUCCACGCCCGCGGCCGUGGAAACUGAAAAUAAUGUUGAUAUCUUGGGAAUGUUGAGAGAAAUUAAUUCGGGUGAUAUGGAUGUGCCGAAUAAAUUUGAGUCGAGCAAUGGUCAUGGGAAUAUUAGCAGUGAAGCAAAGCUCAAAAGAAAAGGUAUAUCUAAUGAUCUACCCAGUAUUUCUGUACCCAAGCGUCGGAGGUCAUCCUCUGCCAAAAGUCAUAAACGACCGUCAUUCCUGAAGGGUGGGUCUGCUUUUGAUAUCAUUAAAAUGGAUGAUCCACACAGUGGCCCAGAAGAUAAAGUUACUGAAAAAGGUCUUAUACAUAAUAGAAAUUCCAAAAAGACUGAUGAAGUGGAUUUAGAGAAGGGUAAAAGGGCUGUGAAGACUGAUAGUAGUCAAAAGUCAGGUCGUGCCAAAAAGCGCAAACAAAGACGGGUUUCCAGAUUAGCAAAGUGCGCAAUAGAUGAAAGUGAAAGCAACAUCCAGGAGUUGAUUGGCAGACACAUAAAAGUUUGGUGGCCUAUGGACAAGGAGUUUUAUAACGGUGUGGUGAAGGCAUAUGAUGAUAAUAAGAAAAAACACGUGGUAUCGUACGAUGAUGGAGAAGUCGAAAUCCUUUGUCUAGACAAGGAGCGGUGGGAAUUUAUUGAGAGCAAGCACAAACUUACAACGCGGAAGCGUUUGUCGAAUAGUCCACCCUUUAAGAGAGAAUCAUCUAAGAAGAAUGUCAAGUCAGCGGGUAGCUUAAAGCAUAGAAAGGAAUCAAUUGAUGUAUCACCAUCAUCUAAGGUUAGAGGCAAAAGAACCCCAAGAGAAAACUUGAAGCAAGGUUCAAAGGGGGUGUCACAGAGAGCUGCUUAUUUGGAAAUGGGAAAAAGCAAGGAUCAUGAUAUUUCCCUGCCUGAGGCAAAGCCUACCAAUAUCUCUAAAGCCGAUGAUUUGGAUGCAGAGGAACUGUUGAGUAAUAGACAAUGUGGGAAUUCACCAGAUAAGAAUGUGAAAAUUUUGAAGACCAAGGAGAAAAAAGUAAAAUAUGCAGAGAGUAGCUCAACUGAUACCACAUCCUCUCAGGAAAAUGAACCUGAUUCCUGGAAGAAAGAAAAUGAAGAUGUCGACAUGAUCCCUCACGAUGGAUCUGCAUCUGAUGAAAACGAUCAAUCUGAGAUAAAGGAGAUACAAUCACCAGGGUUGUCAACAGAAAUCUCUAGUAAGGAAGCCAAUAAAAUACAUAAAUCCGAUUCAGAAGGGGAUGCACAAACACCCGAUAGAAAAGGAUCAACUUCUCAUGAUUUUGAAGAGUCUGAAUUCUCUGAUAAUGAACCCCUUUGUGUGUGGAAGUCUCGAGUUGGGAAAGUUGUUCAAAGAAAAUAAGUUAUGAUCCUAACAUUAGAUAGCAACUCUGGAGCAGAUCACACUAUUUUAAACCAAUUGUUACACCAAUAAUGUCCAGGCAGUUGCAUUUGGCAAAUAUGAAGUUUCUAGGGCGGUAAUUGUAUGUGUAGUAAUGUAUUAUUUGGUUGAUUGUAGAAUUGUAGUUAACCUCCAGUACACUUUCUGUUAAAUGGACAGGCAAAGUUGACGUGUACUGUUGUAAUGUAAUUUUAUAUAGCUUGCUUAUGCAAACAUUGUAGUGGUAUAUUACAACAUCAAAA